AUAGAGAUAAAAAAAUGGUACAAAAAGAAAAACAUUUAAAUAAGGAUAAAUCUAUUUUGAAUGUAGUACAAUUUUAUAAUGAGACCAUUGAUGACAAUGUCAAGUAUUUGAAUAAAAUCAAUUUAAGUGCUUCCAAUUUGAAUAGAGAAGAUUUUACAACAGCGAUUCAAAUUGCAAAUGUUUCAGAAGAUGAUAAAGAAUUGACAUUGUUAAAAAGUCCAUUCAAAAAGAUUAAGAAAAAGAAGAAAAAAUCUAAGAUGGUAAUAAUUGAUGGUGCCCAGUCGUCAAAAUAUGUAACUAUACAAAAAAAUCUUAAAAAUAUGGAAGACCUGAAAAAAAAUAUAUUCAAAGAGCAGUCAAAUGAGAUUCACAAUGAUUCCAAUAUGAUUAGCACUAUUUAUAAUUCAAGAAUUUCAAAAGUCCAUAAAGAAGAGUAUCCUGAAUUAGUUAAAAAGUCAUUAAAAAAUAAAAAAAGGGAACAGAAAAAAGCUAUUAAGGUGGUAACUCAUAACGAUGUAAUGUUACAGAAAAAAUCGAAUAAACAUAAACGACAGACGACUGAUAAAGAAUAUUCGAAAAACGAUUCCCCUCAAUCAGUGGACAUUAAUGUGGAGACAUGUUAUGAUAGUAAUAAUUAUAUUGGCGAAGAUUUUAGAAAUAAAUUAGAACAUUUUGACUCUCGGGACGAUCACCCAUCGGAAUAUCGGGAUAUUACCGACACAGUUAUGUAUUUAGGCCAAUAUUGUAAUCAAAUAUUUAACAACGCCAACGGUAUAUUCAUUCACGAAAAUGUCCUCACUGGAAACAUUCCUCUCCAGUGCGACGUUUGCUUUAGAACGUUUAGCUAUAAAUCUAAAUUGUAUGUACAUAAAAGAACACACACCGGCGAGAAACCAUAUACGUGCAACGUCUGUGGUCAAUCAUUUUCGCAAAAAGGAUCUUUGGUUAUACAUAAAAGAACGCACACCGGAGAGAAACCAUAUGCGUGCAACGUCUGUUGUCAAUCAUUUUCGCAAAAAGGAUCUUUGGUUAUACAUAAAAGAACGCACACUGGAGAGAAACCAUAUGCGUGCAAUUAUUGUGGACGAUCAUUUUCGUUACAUGGAAAUUUGGUUACACAUAUAAGAACGCACACUGGUGAGAAACCAUAUACGUGCAACGUCUGUGGUCAAUCAUUUUCGCAAAAAGGAACUUUGGUUACACAUAAAAGAACGCACACUGGUGAGAAACCAUAUGCUUGCAACGUUUGUGGCCGAUCAUUUACGCAAAAAAAAAGUUGUGUUAUACAUUAUAGAAUACACACAGGUGAAAGACCAUUCGAGUGCGAUUAUUGUGAAAAAAAGUUUUCAGCAAGCAGUGAUCGUUCAAAACAUAUGCGAAGGAUUCAUACUUAAUUUUUUCAAAUUUGUUACUAUUAAUGCCGUUACGACCCAUAAGUCAAGCAACAAACAUCAAAUCAUAAAUGAUAACGUCUGCUUGGAGAUCAUCAUGGUAAAGGAAAAGCAUUUGGAAAACGCUAUCACUACCUAUAACGUAAGCGUUUGAAUUUCACUAAACAAGAUGCAAUCCCUCAUAACCCUACAGUUCUCAUUGUCAAUGACGAUCGUCCAUUGCGAAUAAAAACUUGAAUACUGUAGCAGUGGAGUAUCAUAUAGUUUGGUUACAUAACUCAUUUUGAUAUGCCAUUUCAAAAAGCAUACAAGACGUCAUACACUAUGGAAUAUUUUUUAUUUCGUGGCUACCGUCGGCUAUUAAAACCUCCAAGAACCAAAUGCUUAUUUACUGCAGUUACCGAUGAUGGACAUAUUGCGCACACCUCCACCGUUUAAUAUCAAUGGAAAUAUUUUCUACUCCAGAAGACUUUUGUAAACAGAGAAUGAUUCGAUUAAAAUAAGAAAAUAAAAUAGCAGUGCACAUAUAUUUUGUUGUUAAUUUCCCAAUACUUAUCAUAUUAAAUGAUAACAAAAUUCAGUUUGUAUAGAAUUAGGCUCUAU